CUCUCUGCAGGACAUUGAGAUAUAUCACCUGUAGUUCAUCAACAAUGUCUUCAGUUCAGCAUUUGAGAGAGUUAAUGAACGAGAGACUAACUGCUGCUGCUGAAGAAAUAUUCAGAGUUUUUCACAAAACUAUCAUCGAGUAUGAAGAAGAGAUCGACCGUCAGCGCAGACUGCUAGAUAUCGUUUGGAAACCUGAAAUAAACCUACACAGGAUAGAGCUCCCCCAGCAAUAUGUCAGUAAGGAGGAGGAGGUUCUUGCUGACCAGCAGCUCUGUGAUCAGGAGAGGAACUCCAGUCUGGACCAAGAGGACCCAGAGCCUCCACAGAUUAAAGAGGAAGAGGAAGAGGAGGAGCUCUGCACCAGUUUGGAGGUUGAACAGCUGAUACUGAAGCAGGAGACUGAAACCUUUCUGUUGACUCCUACUUAUGAGGAAAAUGAUUACCAGACCCAUGACUUGAGCCCUGACAAAACUCGGAGCUUGUCAGUUCAAAGUUCUGAGGUACCAGAAACAAACAGUGAUGACCAGCUCCUCUCCCAUAAUUCUCAUGUGGCUGAGAGCCAAGAUCACAAAGGAGGCGAACAAGGAGACUCAGGAUCAAUUAGAAAUAUAGAGCCAAAAUUAAUGAAGCAUCACGGAGGCCAAAAUCACACUUAUUAUGAAGACAAUUCUGCCACAUUAAAGACUCAUAGUAAUACUUUUACAGGGAAACAGUGUUUUAAAUGUGGCACUUGUGGGAAAACAUUUGAGUACAAGUCCAAAUUGCACACACAUCUGAGAGUCCACACAGGUGAGAAGCCGUACCCAUGUAACACUUGCAAGAAAAGAUUCUCUGAGCUGGGUGCACUAAAAGUACAUAUGAGAAUCCACACAGGGGAAAAGCCGUACUCAUGUAACACUUGUGAGAAAAGGUUCUCUGAGCCGGGCACAUUAAAAGUGCAUAUGAGAAUCCACACAGGGGAGAAGCCAUACUCGUGUACCACCUGUGGCAGAUGUUUCUGUCGAACAGCAGACUUGAAAAAGCACAUGAGAAUUCACACAGGUGAGAAGCCGUAUGCCUGUAACACUUGUGAGAAAAGAUUCUCUGAGCUGGGUGCAUUAAAAGUGCAUAUGAGAGUCCAUACAGGUGAGAGACCGUACCCAUGUAACAGUUGUGAGAGAAGAUUUUCUGGGACGGGUGCAUUAAAAGUACAUAUGAGAAUCCACACUGGUGAGAAACCGUACCCAUGCAACAUCUGUGGGAAAAGAUUUAGUGACAGGACGUCUGUGAAAAGGCAUAUGAGAACACACACAGGAGAGAAGGGUAUAGUUGCAGAACUAGUAGGAGAGAAUUCAGUCGUAGAAAUAAAUUCAAAAAUGUCUUCAGUUCAGCAUUUGAGAAAGUUAAUGAACGAGAGACUAACUUCUGCUGCUGAAGAAAUAUUCAGAGUUUUUCACAAAACUAUCAUCGAGUAUGAAGAAGAGAUCGACCGUCAGCGAAGACUGCUAGAUAUCGCUUGGAAACCUGAAAUAAACCUACACAGGAUAGAGCUCCCGCAGCAACAUGUCUGUAAGGAGGAGGAGGAAGAGGUUCUCAAUGACCAGCAGCUUUGCAACCAGGAGAGAAACUCCAGUUUGGACCAAGAGGACCCAGAGCCUCCACAGAUUAAAGAGGAAGAGGAAGAGGAGGAGCUCUGCACCAGUCUGAAGGGAGAACAGCUGGUGCUGAAGCAGGAGGCUGAAACCUUUAUGUCGACUGAUGCGUGUGAGGAAAGUGACAACAUUAAAAUUGAGACUCUGGAUUUCAUGAUUGAGGAUGUUGUCAGCAUGUCAGUUAAAAGCUCUGAGGUACCAGAAACAAACAAUGACAACCAACUCCUCUUUCAUAACUCUCAUGUAGCUGAGAGCCAAGAUCACAAAGGAGAUGAACAGAAGAGACAUUAUAAAACUGAAAGUCACAUUGACGAUGUAUGUGACCCUACCACGUCGACUGCUACUUGUGAUGAAAAUGACCUCAUUAAAGUUGAGAAUCAGGACUUGAGUGCUGAUGAAAGUCACCAUUCUCAUGUAGCUGAGAGCCAAGAUCACAACAGAGGCUCAGAAUCAACUAGAAAUGCAGUACCGAAAAAGAGACUUGACAAAAGCACACACGCUGAGAAUGAAGACAACUCUACCAUAUUAACGAUUCUCAGUAACACUUAUACAGCUGAAAAGUCUUUUAAAUGCAACACUUGUGGGAAAGCUUUUAAGUGUAAAACCAAAUUACACACACAUCAGAGAGUCCACACAGGUGAGAAGCCAUACCCCUGCAACAUCUGUGGGAGAUUAUUUAGUGAAAAGGCAAAAGUGAACAGGCAUAUGAAAACACACACAGGGGAAAAGCCGUACCCGUGUAACGCUUGUGAGAAAAGUUUCUCUCGUCUAGGUUCAUUAAAAGUACAUAUGCGAAUCCACACAGGUGAAAAGCCGUACCCGUGUGACUCUUGUGAGAAAAGUUUCUCUCUGCUAGACACAUUAAAAGUACAUAUGAGAGUCCACACAGGUGAGAAGCCGUACCUAUGUUCCACCUGUGGGAAAAGUUUCUCUUAUCUUGGCGCAUUUAAAGUACAUAUGAGAGUCCACACAGGUGAGAAGCCGUACCUAUGUAGCACCUGUGGGAAAAGAUUUUCUCAGCUGGACACAUUAAAACUGCAUACGAGAGUCCACACAGGUGAGAAGCCGUACUCAUGUGACACCUGUGGGAAAAGAUUCUCUCUUGUGGACACAUUAAAAGUGCAUAAGAGGAUCCACACAGGUGAGAAGCCAUAUUCAUGUAACACUUGUGAGAAAAGAUUCUAUGAUCUGAGCUCAUUAAAAGCACAUAUGAGAGUCCACACAGGGGAGAAGCCUUAUAGCUGCAAAACUUGUGGGAAAGAUUUCACAUGUGCACAUUCCUUGAAGAUCCACAUGAGAACGCACACAGUGGGGAACGAUUCUGUCAGAAAUCAGACUUGAAAAGGCACAUAAGAAUUCAUGCACAUGAGACACAUGAGAGAGAGCUUUGUGGUGACUUUACAGAAAAACUUACUGCCACACAGAAAGGAAUAUGUUGUGUCUGAAUUAGAAAAGUAUAUGAGUCCACACAAGUCAGUAGCCUUGCAUUUGUGAAAUGUUACAGAGGAUUCAGUUGUAGUGACUCAUGUAUAAAACACACUAAAACACAUAAUGGCAGCACAUAUUAAACAAAGAAAUCCAUAAACAGGACAGACAGUUGAGCUGGAACUCCGGUAGGUAAGUGUGCACCAACAUCUUUGUAAAUUAAUAUAAAAUAUUCUCCAUGAAGAAGACUUCAGAAUACCAUCAUGUAAAUUGUUGUUUUUCUUCAUGUUACUGUAUUAAUUUUACUGUAUGCAACAGCAUUUUCUUGACAAACGCAUUGUGUGAUGUAGAUCGUCAAAGAUGGUGCAAAUUUUUAUAGCUUUAAAAAAAACUACUUUAUUCAAGACAUCUUGCAGAAUAAUCCAUGUACUUUAAGUAGUACUCGAUAUUUACAAAUGUAGUGACCAA